CGACCAUGUACUAGCAUUACAAGCCUCGGUCCCACCAAAGAGAGAUAAAAGCAGCUUAUCAUCUUUCUAAACUUCAUCUCUCCCUCCUCCAAACUUCAAGAAUCGCGUGACAUAUACUCAAGACUUCCAACGCCCUUCCCUUAAAACUUCAAUCGCGGCCACGUCUCUCCAAAAUGCCGGAGCCGCAAAAUGUCCCCGAAGAGUACAGCCACGUCCCCUCAGACAGCUACAUCCUCCAACGCCACUACGCCGCCUCCGCCCGUCUGAACCUCCAGCACCACCUCUACCGUCAAGCAAUCGGCUAUCUAUUGCACCCAUCCAUCCCAAUCCAGGAAGACAUGAAGGUCGCGGAUAUCGCGUGCGGGACGGGGAUCUGGCUCCUCGAUCUCGCGGAUGCCUUCCCCCCCAAUGCGAUUUUAGACGGGUUCGAUAUCUCCGCCGACCAAUUUCCGCACGAGUCGACGCUGCCGCCGAAUGUGACGUUCGGCGUGCUAGAUGGUAUGAAGGAGAUCCCGGAGGAGCUGGUGGGGAAAUACGAUGUUGUGAGAGUGAGCUUGAUCGUGCUGGUGGUUAAAGACGGGGAGCCCGGGGGAUGGAUUGAGAAUUUGAUGAGGUUGUUAAAACCUGGCGGAUACCUCCAAUGGACUGAGGGGAACAUGCCCGCCUACAUCGCGCGGCACACCACUCACCCCUCCGACCCAGCCCGCUUCCCCAACAUGCACGCCUUCGAGCAGUUCUACCUCUCCAUGCUCUCGAAACAACCUCCGGGUAUCCAUGACUGGGUCACGCACCUCGGGACCCAUUUCGAGAAGCACGGGUUGCAGGAGGUGGAGUACAAGCAGUUCGAUGUUCCGAAGAGGUACUGGCCCGCGUGGACAGAUGUCAUGAUGCUAACUGCGGAAGAGGUGAGUUGAAUAGAGAUCCGAGGGACCUUGAAGUAGGGAAAGCAGCUCUAAUGCAAAAUAGAUCGGCACGGUGACGGGGAUGACGAGUUAUGUGGAGUUGGUGCGGAAGGCGGGCGCUGAGGUGAAGCUGGGCGCGAUGCAGCCGACGCUUUGGCCGGUUGUUUGUGUUGGGCGGAAGGCGGGGUGAGAGGAGGAUAUGUAGUUGCUGAAUUAGGGAUACUAGAGGU